AUGGAACAAAAUUUAAACUUUAAUCCGUCCUUUAUAAAGCUGUUGAUGGAAGAUGAUUUCACGAGAGAAAUUCGGAUUCCCUACGCUUUUGUGAGGAAUUUCAAGGAAAAGCUUUUCUCAAGAUGCACAAUCGAAUCCGAGGCAAAGAACUCAGUUCGAAAUUCAUGGCCAGUAAGAAUUCGAAAGAAAGGUCGCUACUAUUAUAUUUGCAAACUUUCGUGGCCAAAAUUUGUUAAAGAUCAUCAUUUGAAGCUUGGAGAUUACCUGUUAUUUCAUCUGAUAGAUAAAACAACAUUUAAAGUAAAGCCAUAUGGUGCCGAUUGUUGCCCAAAAAAGUUUAAUGUACACAAAUCAUUCAGUAGCUCCAGUGAUGAUGAAUCUGAUGAUGGCUCUGAUGAUGACAGUGAUGAAACUGAAUUUUACGGAGAUGAUGGAAUAGGGCCAUCAAAAGUUCAUCCUGCUAGAAAAAAGGUUUACACUAAAUAUCAGAUUGACCGUGAUAAUUUUCGUUCUAAUAAAUUCAGGAAGUUGAAGAAAACCAGAAAGUCAGGUGUUGGGAAGCGAGUUCUUGAAAUUGAAAGUGAAGACGGAGAAGAAGUAGAAGCAAACGAGAUGGAUGGUUAUUUUGAUUUAAAUGCGGAGAAUCCCUAUUUUAUUUUCAGACUGAAGCAGCAUCAUAUGGGCAGAUUGAAUAUUCCAAGACCCUUUUCCAGGGCAACAAAACUAGCGAUGGAGAAAGAGGUGGUCCUUCGCGGCGAAGACCAGAGGGAGUGGCCGGUAAAGAUCAAUGAGAGGAGUGAAAUUGGAAAAGGAUGGACUGAAUUUCGCAAAGCAUACAAAUUGGAGAAAGGAGAGAUUUGCCGGUUCACCUUGCUUGCGCGAUCUGCAAGGAAGAAUGGGCAUGAGCUGUUGAAGGGUGCAUCUUAA